CCGACACGGAAGCUGGCGGCUCGCCGCACUCUCCGCCCGGCCUCAGGCCCCAGCCCUCAAAGAUGUCAUGCCCCUGCCGUGCCUACAAGUGCGCGCGCUUCUCGCCGCCGUAGUUCUAAGUGAGACCCGAGGUCCUGACCCGUCAUGGUCAGACGCUGGUGACAGGGCGGGUGCAUGCUGAAUGAGCCUACCGGGUUGCUUAGGUGCGCGUCCCCUGAAGCCUACCUCAAGCACUGGGCAUGCUGUGCCUGCAGAUGUCGGGUGGGGGAACUACCUCUACGUGGUCUGUUUGUUACAUACUCGUCCGUUGUCCUGCCAGUUAACGCGAUGAACUGUUAUAAUUUCUCAUCAUGCGGCGGCUGAUCAGACGACAGCCUAACAACCAUUCCCCGCUUCCUAUGAAAGACACAAGGUGACAAGUACGAGCCUCGUCACCGCCAGCUCAGCGUAAGCGAGAGUUGCUGAUU